AUGGAAUGUUGCAUUCCAUCUGCGGCUAAACCCAUGAUGGCAAAUAUGGUGGUGAUGUGCUGCGCUAAAUUUUGUAUCGACAAAAUGUCACUCAAGGGUGUUCUGUUAGCAAACAUCUCGAGGUUAUUUGUUGUUAGAAACACUCAUUGUGAUAUCGUUUUCGCUCCAUACCAUUGUGCCGGUCAGUGUUAUGCUAUGGAGUUUUUUUCAUUACUGCUGAGUUUUUCAUAUUGACUCAGGUCUUCUUAAAUUUUUCGUUCUGUGAAG